AAGGGAAGGCGAGGCAAGGAAAUUGGGCCCCCGCAGGCAGAAGCAACGAUAACGCCAUUCCGCACGAGCGAGGCUGGCAUUGGCAUUAGCUGCUCGGCUCUGCUCGCCCUCGCUUGCACUUGCGCUCGCAUUGCUGCAGCUCCAGCACACUACUGCUCCGAGAGAGAGAGAGAGAGAGAGAGUGGAGGAGGCGAGAACGAGGAGGAGGAGGAGGAGACGGCGUUUUCUAUCUUUCACCCAUUUCGCACUCGCUCGCUUGUUCGCUUGCUUGCUUGCUGCUGCUGCCCCUGGUCUCGGUCGGGGAUUCCAGCCUCUGUCAUCUCGCAUGUUGUGAGUAAGAGAGGCGGACAUCCGGUGAUCAUCAUCAUCACCUUGCAGAGAGAGGGACGAGCAUUUCCAGGCACGAAGCGAGAGAAGAUUUGAUUAUUUAGAGUUCCACGGAGAGAGAGGAGAGAGAGGAGAGGAGAGGAGUGGAGAGGGGGCGUGGCGUGGCGUGCGGACAUAGGAACGGGAAACGGCGCUCGGGCGGCCAGCUGCAGCUGCGAGAGUCGCGGAGGAGAGGUGGAGAAGCCAGAUUUUGGUGUGCGGGGAAUGCCGGAGACUUGAUUCCGCUCGAGCGGAGAAGAAAUUGUUCGUCCAUCCGAAGUACAGCAUUGUCGAGCUCGGAGGCAGCUCGAGAAGAGGGUCGACGAUUGUUGUGGACGCAGAAGGGUCGAUUGAAUCGGGAGACGUGAGAGCACCGCGUGAUCUCGGAGAUCUUGGAACGAUCUCUGCGAAGAAAAAUUUCUCGUGUGUCUCGAGAAAAGACGAAGACGAGGAGGUGGAGAAGAGUGGAGGGAGAGGAGAGGAGUCGAACCGAACAUGGGGCAACGCACCCUGGACGGCGGAGAAGUGACUUGAUAAGAAGCACCUGAUUUGGAGAGAUUGCUGGACGCUGUGAUUGGAUCUCUCUGCUGCGGAACCUUUCGGAGUGAGCGAGGCAGUCAAUUGCCGUCAGAUCAUAGUGGGUUUUCCGCCACAGGAGAAAGAAAGAGCCGAAGAACAGGAAUAACGUAGAGGAAUUGAUCGAUCCACACCACAUUGCCCCGACCUUUUCGCAUCGCACGAAAUCGCGGGUGAUGUAAGAACUGGCAUUCUCAGUGAGCGGACCGUGAGUGGGAAUUGCUUCCUGCAGCAUGGCAGAGCAACAGGGUGUGCAAGAGAGAAGAAGAUAGUCUCGCAGAAAGGGCUGUACGUGGCUCGGCUAUGGAUCGAGGGCUCUCUGCUGAAGAAGAUCUCAUGGCUCGAAUGAAGGGCAUGCUUUCGAAUUCUUUCUCGGAAGCCGGUAGCGGUAGGGGCAUAUCAGACGACAGAUUGGAGCAACGCAGUAUCGACGGAGCGAGUUCGAGUUUCAGCAUUGAUGGGUGUUCGGAAGCGUUAGGAGAUGGGGACAUGAGCUACACCACUGGGGAUACUCUCAAUGGUCACGCGCACGGCGAGGAUGGAACCAGUAGUUCGGAUGGCUCGUCUCCUCUAGGCUGGCCUCUGGGCAGGAGAGAACGCAGCGGCUCCGAAGCAUCACCCGGAGGCCCCAAGUUGCACGGAAAUUCGUCCUUCAUGUGGGAAGAGAAAAGAGAGAAGCGCGAGACCGAGCUCUCGGAGGUCGAAAUGAUGAAGGAGAGGUUCGCCAAGCUCCUACUCGGCGAGGACAUGUCCGGCGGCGGAAAAGGAGUUUGUACAGCCUUGGCGAUCUCGAAUGCGAUUACCAAUCUUUCAGCUUCCGUAUUUGGAGAGUUGUGGAGGCUGGAGCCGCUAGCGCCGGAGAGGAGGACAAUGUGGCGUAGGGAAAUGGAGUGGCUGCUGUCAGUCAGUGAUCAUGUUGUCGAGCUCGUGCCCUCUUGGCAAACGUUCCCUGACGGGAGUAGUCUUGAGGUUAUGGUCAGCAGACCGCGCUCGGAUCUGCACGUCAAUCUCCCGGCGCUGCGAAAGUUGGACACCAUGCUCCUCGACUCUCUGGAGAACUUCCAUGACACAGACUUUUGGUAUGUGGACCGAGGCAUUGCUGUAGCGGAUAAGGAUCCGAGAAACGUGAACAGACAUCCCGUCCAACGCCAGGAGGAGAAGUGGUGGCUGCCCACACCCAAGGUUCCAAACACCGGGCUCUCUGAAGACACGAGAAAGAAGCUGCAGUACCAACGAGAGUGCACGAGUCAAAUUCUCAAGGCGGCCAUGGCUAUCAAUGGCUCCGUCCUGUCGGAGAUGGAGGCUCCCGAAGUUUACUUGGAGUCUCUUCCCAAGAAUGGGAAGACCAGCCUCGGGAACACGAUAUACGCGAGCUUAGUGUCUGAUAACUUCAAUCCAGAAGCAGUUCUCAGCACAGUAGAUUUGUCAACUGAACACUCUACUUUAGAAAUAGCUAAUCGCCUAGAAACAGCAAUUCUCGUUUGGAGAAGAAAGAUUCACAACAAAAGUAACCCGAACUUGGCCAACGCAAAGGAUCACAGGUUCGCCAAGUCUUCUUGGGGAAUGAUGAAGGAUCUCGUUGGGGACGUGGACAAGCGCGAACUUAUAGCAGACAGAGCGGAAACCAUUUUGCUGAUGUUGAAGCAGAAAUUUCCAGGGCUGCCUCAAACAGCGUUGGACAUGAACAAAAUUCAGUUUAACAAGGACGUUGGACAAUCGAUUUUGGAGAGCUAUUCCCGCGUAUUGGAGAGCUUGGCGUUCAACAUUCUUGCGCGCGUUGACGAUGUUCUGUACGCAGAUGACUUAGCCAGGCGUUCCUUGGCACCACCAGCGUCGUCAGGCAGUGGGCGUUCGUUUUCUUCUACCCAAAGAAGGUCCUUGAACGCACCUGGCCUCAGAUCUUCUAAUACCCCGUAUGAAACACCGUAUUCGUCACCCAGCAGAUCACCGACUCCCACUCUUGCUGUCACUCCCAAUUCCCCCCGAUCUACCCACGGCGAUAGGUUGACCCUGGUUCCUUCAUUGGGAAAAGCUCUGACGGACUAUAUUGGUAUGGAUAAUGAGAAAAUAGGACGAGAUGGCCCAAUGGGCAAGUCCCCUCUGAGGGACAGUAAUAAACUAUGGUCUUACGCCAACAAUCUUACAGACAGCAACGCCCUUCACAGCCCUCCCAGUCGUGAUUAGAUUGAGUCAUUGAGAUCAGUUUAGCAUUUGGAAGGUGUUAUUGUUGCUUCUGAUCAGAAGCCAGCAGAACACUUGGGAGUUUUAGGCCCUGAUGGCCUUGCAGUGGUGACACACCUGUCUCACUGACCAUCAUGAGGCUGUUUGGAGACUCGUGUUUGGCUACCUACAGAAGACCAGCAGCGCUGACUUGACUGGCUCUGCUUUGAAAGCUGCACUUGCUCCAUCCCAUGAUAGGAGAAUCUGACGACACUGAAGAGUAGUAGUCUGGGAACAUAUCUGGCAGUGGAGUGUGGUUCCUUGGAUACGGUCAGAGAAAGCUUCUUGUGCAAAUCGCUCCCCCAACCUGUCGAUCAUCUCUGUUAUUUAUCCAAAUGUCUUCCUUAAUCAUCCUCGAUGACUACCUGGGCGACUUAUGCUCUCGUGAAACUUUGAUAUUUCUUUCACCUUCCAUUUAUUGUGCCGACAUGGGCACAGUUUUGUGGACAAAGUUGGCUAUUUGUCCAUUCUGUACAAAGUAAAGCUAGCAAAAAGGUUCCAAGGUUUUUUUAGUUCGAUAGGGUGUGAAGUUUCUGCCUAGAGUGGAGGGUGAUCUGAAGCAAUGGACUCAGUCAGAGGAAGACUUCGUUUUGCUUGAGUGGAGGCAAAUAUCGGAGAUGGUCGAGUUAGUAGGUCUUUGGAGAAUGUGUGCAGUGUUGGGUCACAGUAAGAAAUAUUUGUAGAAAGAUUCAUUUAUAUUCAAUUUAUGGCCACAGGACCGUUCCCGUCA